UUAAAAUGUGUUUAUGAUCAACUACUGCAACAGUGCUUUCACAGAAUCUGAUUUAUCUGAGGCUUAUUUCGUUAUAAAACACGAGGUCAGGGUGAGGAUUAGGAGGAUACAAUCAAAAUCAAAACAAUAUCUUUUUUUGCCCUCCAGUAGCAUCCUGCCAGCAACGCCCUGUAUCCCAGACCGGCGUGCCGCGUGCGUAGACCACACAGACGCACUAACCGGUAAGAGGAUAACGGUGGCUGCUGCUACAUCGAGCUGCUGCUGAUGAUGCUGAUGCUGCUGCUGAAGCAUCUGCAGCGCUGUUUGGCUGCUUUUUGUUUCAUUCCAGAUGUCAGACACUGAAGAUUGUCAACAUCAACACCAGCGUCGAGGAUGUGUGUGAGUAUUUCGAUGCGACUUCAGAGCGGAUGGAUUCAAUGCAAGGAAUAAUCCUACCGAGGAACAACAUGACAGGCAUCCUGCUCCCCUGACGAUUCUCUCUGGGAUGCAGUCAUAGUUUGAGGCCGGACAUGAUUUUAAUCUCAGGAGUUGCUGUAGUGGAUGCGGGAUGGUGUGCGCCGCACCCCGAGAAGAGAUAUUGAUAAGGAGAACUCAGAUCUGUCCUUUGAUGCCUCUCAUCCGAUCCGGAUUUUUCCUGGACUGUGGCGCACAGUGAGCAUCUCUUGCUUUUUUUUCUGUGGGACUGUUUGGGGACCUUCUGAUGUGGAGGGAUUGUGCUGUUUUGUCUGAAGGGAUCAUCUGAGCACUGUUGCUCUCACCCCGAGAGGAGAACCAGGGCUGAGCUGCUCACCUGGUCGUUUCAACACACAAUACUAACCUUUCAGCAUGGCUGAGAGGACACUGGAUCCGGGCUCGGUCAGCAUCCCCAUGGAGGAGACCAAACUCCACAGCGGAGCACCCCCAGAGGCGCCACUCCUCACCCACUUGAAGAAGGUGGAGAACCACAUCACUGAGGCUCAGCGCUUCUCCCACCUCCCACGCCGCUCCGCUGUGGACCUGGAGUUCAAUGAGCUGUCGUACACCAUCCGCGAGGGUCCCUGGUGGAGGAGGAGAGGUUACAAAGCCCUCCUCAAGUGUCUGUCAGGAAGAUUCAAUAGCAGAGAGCUGAUUGGCAUCAUGGGGCCGUCUGGAGCCGGGAAAUCCACUCUGAUGAAUAUUCUGGCGGGGUACAGGGAGACGGGCAUGAAGGGCCAGAUCAUGGUGAACGGUCGACCGAGGGACCUGAGGACCUUCAGGAAGAUGUCCUGCUACAUCAUGCAGGAUGACAUGCUGUUGCCACAUCUCACUGCGAGGGAGGCCAUGAUGGUUUCUGCCAAUCUGAAACUGAAUGAGAGCAUGCAGGUCAAAACAGAGCUUGUGGAUGAGAUCCUGACUGCUCUGGGUCUUCAGGAGUGUGCUCAGACACGCACCAACUCUCUCUCUGGAGGCCAGUGUAAAAGACUGGCCAUCGCCCUCGAGCUGGUCAACAACCCUCCUGUCAUGUUCUUUGAUGAGCCCACCAGUGGUCUGGACAGCGCUUCCUGCUUCCAGGUGGUUUCCCUCAUGAAGUCUUUGGCCCAGGGAGGACGGACAAUCAUAUGCACCAUUCAUCAGCCCAGUGCCAAGCUCUUUGAGAUGUUUGAUAAGCUGUACAUCCUCAGUCAGGGUCAGUGUAUAUACAAGGGCACAGUCCCUUACCUCAUCCCUUAUCUGAAGAACCUGGGCCUCCACUGCCCAACGUAUCACAAUCCUGCUGACUUCAUCAUUGAGGUGGCAUCAGGGGAGUAUGGAGAUCUGAAUCCAGUGCUGUUUGAGGCAGUCCAGGGUGGACUGUGCUCUGAGGAGGGCAAGAAGAACUCCAGAGACAAAAGUGACUCUUCCUGUCCCUCUCAAUGUCACAGUGACACAGGAACCCUUGAGAAACACAGCUUUGCCACCAGUACAUUCACACAGUUCUGCAUCCUCUUUAAAAGAACCUUCGUCAUGAUAUGCAGGGACAUGGUGCUGACCCACCUCAGGGUGAUGUCCCAUAUUUGCAUUGGAGUGCUGAUUGGCCUGCUUUAUCUCAAAAUUGGAAAUGAUGCCAGCAAGGUUUUCAACAACACUGGCUUCCUCUUUUUCUCCAUGUUGUUCCUCAUGUUUGCCGCCCUGAUGCCCACCGUCCUAACCUUUCCUCUGGAGAUGUCCGUGUUUAUAAGGGAACAUCUCAACUACUGGUACAGCCUGAAGGCCUAUUACUUGGCCAAAACCAUGGCUGAUAUACCAUUCCAGGUGCUUUGUCCAAUCAUGUACUGUAGUAUAGUGUACUGGAUGACUGAGCAGCCUCCAGAAGCGGGUCGCUACCUGCUCUUUAUGGCCUUGUCCACAUCCACAGCCCUGGUGGCCCAGUCCCUAGGUCUGCUCAUAGGGGCUGCAUCCACGUCUCUGCAGGUGGCAACCUUUGUGGGUCCAGUCACAGCCAUACCUGUGCUCCUCUUCUCUGGCUUCUUCGUCAAUUUUGACACCAUUCCCAAAUACCUACAGUGGAGCUCUUAUGUUUCCUACGUCAGGUACGGCUUUGAGGGGGUGAUUCUCUCUAUCUAUGGGAUGAACCGGUCGGAGCUGGAGUGUCCGGACCUGUCGUGUAAGUUCCAGAAGCCAGAGGAGGUCCUGCAGCUGUUGGAUGUGGAGAAUGCAAAGCUCUACGUGGACUUCAUGGUGCUGGGGGUGUUCUUCCUGAUCCUCAGACUGGCUACGUACCUGGUUCUGCGCUACAAAGUCAAGUCAGAGCGUUAAGACAUCCAGAGGCUGAUGGAUUUGGAUGCUUGCACAUAUCCCAGCAGUGUGAGAUAGUAAGCAAACAUAUAGUCUCUCUUUCUCUGUCUCUUCUUUACAUACAUGUACAAAGGCAUUAACUACGAGUGUGCUGCACCACCAAACUGUACAGUAUAAUGUUAUCUUUUGGGCUUUGUUUUUCAAGAAAAAGGAGAAAGUGUUGUUCUACCCUCUGCCCAUUUUUAGUUCUCCUUCACGUCAUAGUAUUUUUCAGAUCACCAUUACCUGUCAGAGAUAUUGUGUAUCAGCACUAUACAUAAACGAAAUACCCAACAAAGUAACAGAAAGCAUGUGUCUUUAAACUGAGAAAUUUGGAUUUGUUCUUAUUUGGCCGCCACAUGAAACAUGAGUGAAAGUCUCGGGGUUUAUGGGGAGCCAUAAUAACCAUCUUGGUGCAGAAGUGUCCAAUAAUUUGUAGCUUCUCAAUACAAUGCCUAAAAAGAUAAUCCAAGCCACAUCAGAAGUCCGUUCAUUGGAUGUACCAGGAACAUGACUUCAAGAUGGAAGCCCUCUUAUUGCCAUCGGGAAAUGUCGAAACUUUCAGUGCCGGAAAACGUUUGUGCGGCCUCUCGCUGUCCUGUAGGAUCAUCUCAUCAGGUGUCUUUUACCAAGACGCUGAACAUGAUGACUUUUCUUUACGGAAUACGACCAUGACAAACCGACUGCCAGUGGAUGGCUCUCCUCGCUUUCCAUCUCCAGUGUGAAUCCCUUUCGCAGGACCUUCUGCCCAUUGACGGUGGCAGAACGUUUAGACAUGGAUGAAAUGUUUGUGAAAAUGUCCAGCAGUGUGUCUUAUACAAAGACUGAUAUAGACUCACCCUGCGACCAGCCCUAUGAUUCCUUACUUGCUCCUUAUCUUAAUAUAUCAUGUUUGUUUCUGCCAUAACUGAGGAAGCAUUCGGUGAACUGGGAGCAUUAUGCGAAAGCAAGCAUGACUGCUGUCUCCUUCCUGAUGCAGAAGGCUGCCGCACGGACACAAAGGUGUUUUCAGUGAAGUGCAACAGCCUGUUCUACGGUUAAAAAAGUCUAAUCGUGUUGUUUUGACACGAUUCUUUGAACUGCUUGUUUCCACUCGUUGUAUGACUCUUUAGCUGCCUCCUCCCCAAGCUGCAAAAGGAAAUAACCUGUUAUUUUUCUCCUUCUCUUCUUCUGCUUUGCUGAUGUCUGACAGAUGUGUGUUGUCCAAAACAAUGCUAGAUACUUGAAAUGCUGGCUGGGCAGUUUUUGUGCCUCUGAACUAGAAUGAUUUGAGUUUCCUCUGCUUCAUUGUUUGCACAUACACUUUAUGUCAACGAACAUGCUGGUUCACAAACACACACGCACACACACAUGCACAUAUGCACUCAGACAUAUACACGAAAACACACACAAGCAAAUACACUCUUGGCGAUGUUUAGAAGAGCCUCUCCUUGUUGCAGGGCAAUGCAAAUAUUUUCCAAUAGACUUGCUAUGAAAUAUUUCUUACUUAAACUAUGCUACUUAGUAAUCCUUAUUAUAAUGCAUAAAAUAAUGUGAGUAUAUAAUCAAUGAUUGUACAGUGAAUAUGUCAUGCUGUAAACAAAUGUACAUUUGCACUUUUCAAUGUAUGUUUAUUCUUUUUUAUUUAUUUGUAUUUGAUUUUAUUUUUAUAUAUCUAUGUGAUGAGUGCUGCUUGAAAGUAUAACUGGAAAACAGCAACCGAAUGUUGCAUGUUCACAUUAGGAAUGAAAUUUAUGAAAUAUUAAAUUUCAGAGUAAAGCGUUUUCAAACGUUUUUACUUCCAAAUGUAUGUAUCCUGCCAUGUCUGAGGAGCUGCAAGUCCUCUGCUUUCCGCUGAACAUUUUUAGAAUAUCUGGAAUCGAGUGCGUCACUGGUGUAGAUUUGAAAAAAGUAGAACAAAGAAUCAGAAGUGAGAGAAGGUAACACAGGAAUGUGUGAAAUGUGCUGGGAGGAAGACGGAUAAUCAACAGUCAACCAAAUGCAUCAUUAUGUAGCUAAAGAGACUGGCGAUCUCUUUAGGAACAAACUGGAUCAGAGAGCAGAUCUGCUUCACUGUUCAGUCCUGCACAGACUGGAGGCUGCAGGUGGAGGUUUGGAUUCUGUCAUUAAUAGCAAUAGUCAACAUUGUGAUGUUUAAUUGUUAUACCUCCCACUGCUGUGGCAUCAGUCAGUUCAUAUGUCUUAUAUUAAGAGCUUGAUUUGAGUCAUUUUGUUCCGACUGGUUUUAUUAUGUGCAAUAACCAUCCAAAGGUGUUUUAACUCUAUGAGACCAGUUUCGUGAAGGGAAAAUGUGACGCUGCAAUGCGUCUGUUUUUCAUCUGUUCAUUGUGUUUUUGUUGCUUCUGUUCAGAAACUAAUUUGGUGGACGUGUUUACUGGAUGGCCCUCUUACGGAUUUAAUUACAGGGACAGAAACAGAAUCAA